AUGGCGGCGAUGCUCGAGUUUAGGACGCAGGGUUACAACCCCUAUGCGGUCAAAUACUCGCCUUAUUACGAUAACAAGAUCGCGGUCGCGACAUCGGCAAACUUUGGAAUUGUUGGGAACGGCAGGGUCUUUGUCCUGAACCUGACGAACCAAGGGACAGUGGUUGUGGAGAAGGCGUUUGACACGAACGAUGCGCAAUACGAUGUCGCUUGGUCCGAGAUCAACGAGAGGCAAGUGGUGGUAGCAUGCGGAGAUGGGUCUAUCAAGCUUUACGACAUAGGGGUGGAACCGGGGUUCCCCGUUAUGAACUUCCACGAACAUAAGAGGGAGACGUUUUCUGUGUGCUGGAACCCCGUGACGAAAGAUAGUUUUGCUUCUAGCUCUUGGGACGGCACGGUCAAAAUUCACAGCCUUCUGCCCGUCGAACCCUGCCCUAGUCUCGGCCGUCUCGAGCGACUCACAUCUCCGGAUAUUCGAUCUCCGUACUCCGGUAACUGCGAAGUACCAUUUGACAGCGGCAAUCCCGGUCCACGCACCACCUCCGGGUUUCCCAGGGCAACCAGUGCCAGCAGUGGGGCCCGGCGAGGUGUUGACCCAUGA